UUUUCAAAUAAAAUGACACGAGUCACUCUUACCUGUUCUUGUCUUUUCAGACUUCCACGUUCCAUCUGAAUACUUAACCAAUAUCCACAUAAGAGACAAGUUGGCAGCAAUUAAACUGGCACGGUAUGGCGAGGACCUGUUGUUCUACCUGUACUACAUGAAUGGAGGAGACCUGCUGCAGCUCCUGGCAGCAGUAGAGCUCUUUAACCGGGACUGGAGGUACCACAAAGAGGAGCGGGUUUGGAUAACGAGGGCGCCGGGCAUGGAGCCCACACUGAAGACCAACGCAUACGAGAGGGGAACCUACUACUUCUUUGAUUGUCUUAACUGGAGGAAAGUUGCCAAGGAAUUUCAUCUGGAGUAUGACAAGCUGGAAGAGAGGCCUCACGUUCCGACAACAUUCAACUACAACCCAGCCCAGCAGGCCUUCUAAGGCCCGACCAGUCCAAAAGGCUGCAGCGGUUCCUGCACACAACACUGUUGGUCCAGGAGAGGGCGCUGUGGUUCACAGAGCUCGGUUUUUAUUCCUCGAGGAUUUGACUAUCUUGACUGCGGGGGUCGUCGCCACCAUUAAAACUGCCCUGCCUUUCCAAAAUUACAUGCUGCCCAAAACACCAACACUUGUUCUGUUUUUAUUCUUUAUGUUCCUCCUGUUUUUUUGUCUUGUUUCCAGCAGGGUCUGUGUUAUGUUUACGUCUCUGAAUCUGAAGCCUGUUUUCUUUUAGAAAAGGAGGACGGACCAUUUUGGUACAGGACAGUGACAGAUCAAGGUUUACGCCUCGCCAAGUGUUAAGAACAGAAAAAGGCGAGGAAGUUAACAUCCUCAGACGAAAGUGAAAGGGUGGAAAAAGAAAUGCAAUGUUUAUUGUUGCACUAUAUUUAGUAAUAAAAGAACACAAAAUUUG